CACCAGCAGGGUUGUAAAUGAGACAUUCUCUAUUAGAUGCAAUGGUUUUUCCGUAUUGGGACCAUGAUUUAUGUCCUAACUUGUUCACACCUCCUCAUAUGGAAGCUACUUUUCCUUGUUGGUGUCUUCAGAAGGGUAGAAAUACAAGAACACACACAUCUCACCACAAUCCUCCCCAGGUGUGUCUGAUGCAAGAUCAGAAGGUGGCCGUAGCGAUUGUUUGCGCUCUUUUUGGCUUCUUGGGUGUCUCCAUCUACCCGGCCGUGAUGGAGUUGUCCGUGGAAUGUUCCUACCCUGUGGGAGAGGCCACCUCCGCCGGACUGGUCUUCAUAUCAGGACAAGUUCAGUCGCUGAUUUACAUCAUCCUGCUUCAAGCUUUGGCAACACCCAUCGCAGAGUCGCCUCGCUUAACCUGCACGCUCGCCCCUCAGAGCUGGAAAGUUCCUGUGAUGCUGCUGUCCGCACUGAGCGCCGUGUCCUCCUGCAUCUUCCUCAUCUUCUUCCACACGCCCUACAGGCGCCUGGAGGACGAAAAAGCCGCCAUUUACGGGACCGGCCAGGGCAACGGAACCGCCGCCAGCGAGAACAAGUGAUCCGGCCGAGUAACGUUUUCAUAACAAAAUAACCAAGAAGUAUUUUGUCCUUUGUUAUGUCACCACUUUUAUGGAGGUUCAUUUAUAUCUUCAUUAGGAAAAGUUUUCUUUUGACAAUUUCCAUCCAUUUUCUACCGCUUGUCCCUUUUGGGGUCGCGGGGGGUGCUGGAGCCUAUCUCAGCUGUAUUUGGGCGGAAGGCGGUGUACACCCUGGACAAGUCGCCACCUCAUCACAGAUAGACAGACAACAUUCACACUAGGGACCAUUUAGUGUUGCCAAUCAACCUAUCCCCAGGUGCAUGUCUUUGGAGGUGGGAGGAAGCCGGAGUACCCGGAGGGAACCCACGCAGUCACGGGGAGAACAUGCAAACUCCACACCGAAAGAUUUUAGUCCUAGUUUGAUCAUGUAAGCCAGGACCUUCGUAUUGUGAGGCACAUGCACUAACCCCCUGUGCCACCGUGCCAUUUAUGCAACUGAAUUUUGUGUACAUCAAAUUAUGCUGACAGAUGAGUACUGUUACUUUAAAAUAUGACUCAAGUAAAAAGUGUUCAUCCCAAUAAUUAGUUGAGCAAGUAUUGUGUGAUGGGUUAUACUUGUAUAGCGCUUUUCUACCUUUAUUUGAAGGAACUCAAAGCGCUUUGACACCAGUUCCAUAUUCACCCUUUCACACACUGAUGUCAGGAGCUGCCAUGCAAGGUGCUAACCAGGCCCCAUCAGGAGCAAGGGUGAAGUGUCUUGCUCAAGGACACAACGGACGUGACUAGGAUGGUAGAAGGUGGGGAUUGAACCAGUAACCCUCAGGUUGCUGGCACGGCCACUCUCCCGACUUCGCCACGCCGUCCCCGUGAUAAAACGACUCAAGUAUUUAGUAACUUGCGAGUAACUUCUGAUUUAUUCAAGAGCUGAUUUUGUAAUGGUCUUGGAAUACAAUUGUAGUUGGUGUGUGUCAAAUAUAAAAAUCACACUUUUCUCCA